AGAAGAAGCAGGGACCGGGGCGGAAGUACACAUUGAAGUUCCGGUUGGUCGUCUUCCGGCCCGGACAAGCAAAUAAUAUCAAUAUUCAGUCAAGAGAAAGAAGAUUAAACUGUCUGCCAGGAGCAACAGGGAAAUAACAUCAAUAUUCAAUGAACAAAAAGAAAUAAAGAUCAAGAUGAGCAGAGCAGGCGCGCCUACAGUCUUCUCACGCUGACUUCCUUGCUUCCCAGUCAGCCAAUGAGGACAAUAGCGGUCCUCGGCGGGGGCAUCGGGGGGCUGGCGGCGUCUUACUACCUGUGCAGGAGCCCCCAGGUGACCAAGGUGGUUCUACUGGAGUCCAGCAGUCGUCUGGGAGGGUGGUUGUGGUCCACAAGACGGCCCGACGGUGCCGUGUUCGAACAUGGACCCAGAGGGAUUCGACCUGCCGGAGCUGUGGGUCACAACACUCUUAAUAUGGUGGAAGACUUGGGUCUGGGCGGGGAGAUUGUGCCUGUCGCCUACAGCCACGAUGCUUCCAAGAGCAGAUAUUUGUACGUCAACAAGCAGCUUCACAAGAUGCCUUCAGGAAUAAUAGGACUGCUGAGGACAAUGCCUCCCUUCUCACGUCCGCUGAUCUUCAGCGUUGCCAUGGAGAUGUUUGUGAAGAAGAGACAUCAGCAAGACGAGUCGGUCCAUGCCUUUGUGUGUCGCAGGCUUGGCAAAGAGCUUGCAGAUAUCGCAGUAGACAGUCUGUGUCGGGGUGUGUUUGCUGGAGACUGCAGGAAGUUGAGCGUGCGCUCUUGUUUUCCUGCCCUCUACAACGCUGAGCAGCACAGAGGUUCCCUCACACUCGGCAUGCUGCUGGGAUCAGGGACGUCCAAGGUGGUUCCUCCUGGUUCUCUUAGCCGGAGGUCAGUGAAGGAGUCCUGGUCUCAGUGGUCUCUCAGACGGGGUCUGGAGUCGCUCCCAGAGUCCAUAGGUGACUUCCUCCAACACAGCAGCAGGGCCCUGGUGCACCUGGACUCACCUGUGACACACCUCAGUCCUACAGCCACCGGGUGGACGAUCCACAUGGAGGAUGGGAUGAUAUCAGCUGACCAUAUUGUAUCUGCUCUGCCUGCUAAAGUGCUCUCGGCCGUCCUGCCCUCCUCCUGCCUGCCUCUCAUCCAGCAGCUGCAGGACAUCUCCAGUGUGACUGUGGCUGUGGUCAACCUCCAGUAUGAAGGCUGUGUGCUUCCUGUUAGGGGAUUUGGACACCUGCUUCCAUCAUCAGAGGAUCAAGGAGUCCUGGGUGUGGUUUAUGAUUCUGUACCUUUCCCACAACACAACAGACCUGCUGGACCAACAACCAGACUGACGGUGAUGAUGGGCGGAGCUUGGUUCCAGGAAGUGUUUGGGCCACCAGCAUCAGUACGUGAGGAACAUCUUUUACGUGGAGCCACUGAAGCUGUGAGUCAACACCUGGGGGUCACCUCAGCACCCAGCUGGACUCAUGUGGCUCUGCAGCAGGAGUGUAUACCACAGUAUCAUGAGGGACAUCAUAGCAGAGUUGAAUUCAUGCGACAGUUCAUCAAAAAGAAGAAACUCCCGCUUUCUCUGAUUGGCUCGUCGUAUGAAGGCGUGUCCGUCAAUGAUGUCAUCUUCAAUGCAAGGUUGGCCACAGAAGAGCUGCUGGGAACGACACUUUAAUUAUUAAUAAAUAUUUC